AUGCACCAAAAGCUGUAUCCAAGGUCGGAUCGCACCGCUAAAUCCGACUCUUCAUCUUCCCAAUCUUCGACGUCAAGUUCGUCCUCUAGUUCAUGCUCUGGAAGCGGAUGUGAAAAACCUACCGACUCAACGGAGACGGCGGCCGUUGUUGUAGCUGUUGUCGUUCCUGUUUUUGUUGUUGCAGUGGUCUUAGCGUUAGUACUUUACAAAGUAUGGAAAAGAGGCAAGAAAGAAGCAAACUUUGAUAAUGACCCAGAGUUCGAUGGAGACGGAGAGUAUUUGCCUUCUGUUGAUCACAACGUAGAAUUAAGAGAACGCAGCGUACCUGGACGUAUGUUUGAUACCAACUACGACCACGAGUCUAAAGACCUUGGAUACCCAAGAAACUCCUAUCACCACUCCGUUUCCAAUAGCAAUUUUCCCGUAGAUCCAUUCCAUCUACCAGAUAGUAGUGAUGCAGAUCAACUGAGAUCAUUCGCGCGUUCCAUACAAAACCACGAUUUAGAUGGCUACAAACUGGCUUCUAGAAGCGCCAGUGAAGUUUCGCUUCCAAAAUCGAGCUUCGGACUACAAAGACCGCAUGUUGCUUCUCUUACCCAUUUGAGAGACUCUUUUGGCAGCAGCAAUAUGCAGUCUGUCGAAUCUGUUUCCCACUGGACCAAAAUGGAUGACGACAACCUGGCGCAUGAAUUAGCGACGAAAGUGAGCAGUGAACUCAACGAAGACGUGACAUCCGAAAUCGAGGAUAGUCCUAUAAAGAACGCCAGGGGUGACGUAAAGCAAGGCUACAUAACUUCCACCAUUGGCCUCGAUCCCGAAAAAAGUGCAAGGGAGAGUACUUCCUUCAAUACUGAUGAUUCAAGUUCCCACAGGUCCUUCGUGGAUGCCAGCCGUGAAAUUAGCCAGCACAACGAUAGUGCUCUACCUGCAGACGAUGAAAAUGAACAGUUCUUGACUUCCAAAGAAGAAGAGAAUAUCAAACGUAUGAAAAGUAUCUACGAAGUUUAUCUGGACAGAAAUGGGACAGUGAAGACUGAGAGAACGAGUGGUAAUGACCAUCCCGAAGAAAUGGUCUCCGUAAAUAGAGGAUUUAAUACCUCAGAGUUGCUUCCAGCAGAAGCCUCAUCACAGAUCAAUUCAGCGGUCAAGGCUCAACAAUCUUACCAACAAAGUGCUAGCAUCAGCAACCCACACUUCCAUGAAGAACAUUCAAGGUUGCCGCUGCCAGUAGACAAUGGUCGGAGACCCGUUUCGUCGAUUUACUCGGAUAUGCCUUCUUUUCCGCAGCAAUCGGCUCAGCCUGGCUACUCUCAAAUGCACCUCCAGCAGGCGCCACAAGCCUAUUACCAACCUCAGUACCAACAACAACCAUACAACGGUUCAGGCGGACCACAUGUGUAUGCUCACCAAGCGCAUGCUCUACAGCAAUAUUACCACCCCCAAGCUCUUGAGAAUAUUGAAGAAUUACCUACUCCUUCCCAUCUCCCAUUCUCGGAAUCAACCUCUUCUUUGACAUCAUAUAAGAAAAUCGGAAAGUCAACGUACUCUAACGGCGUUUCGGGACCAGUGGUGAAUCCAAUCGAUCAUCCAGAACUAUUUUACAAUCAAACUUCAGCGCCGGUUGCUACAACUGGAACUCUCUCGAACCAUGCUAAUCAGGCUCAGAGUCUACCCCACCACUUGAGACAAAGUGUUGUUAUGACAAACCCGGCCGAUCUUAUGUUCCCCAAAGUGUAUAAACCUGCGGGUUCUUUCAGGAAUAUCAGUGCGGCAAACUCCAGGAAUAAUAGCUUGACGUCGCAAAACAACGUUCAACAAUUCCAAUCACAAAUGGCACAUCAAAGGGUGAGUGGUAUUCUUGACGAUGACGAUACUAUGCAACCCCCUAGGUUCGGGGGUAUAUUGCCCCACAAUGGAUCCAACGAAGAUCUGAGAAGACAGCUGGGCUCUUCCGAAAACUAUACGGUAACAUAA